CUUCUGUGUUUCGGAACACCUUCUCGAGGCCACUCCCCCGCCGCCGCGAAUAGAGGCUCCUCGGUUUUCGGAGGGGCUGCACUCAUGGGAAGGACCAUCCACGUCUUUAAUGGCCUAUUUCUGUACUCUGGAUAUUAUGUUGAAGAGGGGAUGGUACGCUCUGAAGUACCCUUCGCCAGAACUGGCUGUUUGUCAGCGUCCUGUUCUUAGUCACGCAGUGCCCAUCCCAUACUGGGUUCACUUGUUCAUGUGGGCAGAAGUCCAACUUUCUCUACAAGCCAUUCAAGCUCUUUCCUUGGCAGUGAACAGAGAUGCUCCAUGCGUCACGUUCAAAUGGAAGAGCACCUGUUAGUUUUAGAUUCGUGCCAGACAGGCGCCUUCUUAGUCGCCAAAGCCGAUCAGCUGCCUAAUUGCCGCCCAAGCCUGGUGGACAUCUAGGCAGGAACUUUGUCAUCAUUUUUGGGAUUUUCCCCAGUUUUUGUCCUCGUCAAGCUUCGUUAGCGUGAGGGUAGAGUCAUACCCCGCCAUUCGUCGGCUUUUUGUGCCACCAUGGCGUGUUCUGCCUCUUCCGAUAAUUCUUUCUUAUCGGGCAACCAGGACGCAGUUCCGCAAGAGCCGCCCUGUGGUGGAACACCCGUGGCUGAGGCUUUGGCACAUAGUGUAGAUUGCACAAGCACGCAUCUCAUUCCCGCCACUGAGGAAAUGCAAACGGAACCUGAAGUGAAUCUGCAUACCCCCGCCUCAGUUCUACGCCCAGAAAGCUCCGAUGGAGAGACCCGGAAAGCGUUCGAGAAAGAGCCUCUUGGAGAGUGUUUAUGGUCUGCAAAUGGAGAGCCAAACGAAUGUUCUAGUAGGAGUGUAGAGGCCCGCGAAACGGCGCAUGCAGUUGUUCCUGUAGGUGACUGCCUCGCUGAGCAGGUGCCGAGCGCCAAGGCUGAAAUGGACAGAGGAGUGGACGGUGAGGACUCCCCACCGUCUACAACCACGUCUGUGGACUCUCCAACUCCUCAUAUUAUUUUGAAGAAACGCUUCGCUCUCGUAGGCCUUGCGGAGGCAGCUUUCCGCGCACCUCUCGCUUCCUCAGACGAGGAAGACCUUCCAGCCGUGUCGGGGAAACCUGAUGGCGCCUCUCGGUGUUUCGACGCCUCACCGGAAACCACGAGAACAAGCAGGCGAAGAGCGCGCCCGUGUGAAGCAGGUAGUUCAGCGCCUCCGUCGGACACCAUUCUUUUGAAAGACAGACAGGCGGGAUGGUGCGAGGGGAGACGGUUUCUUCAUCGCAGCAGCAGCACUCAGCAACCGCAAGAGAGGCCAGCCAAGCCGAGGAAAACAGGCAACGAAAACUGUCUCCGAGGGACAGCCUGGAGUGUCGAUGGAAGUGCAUUUCUCACGUGGAGUGAGGACGCUGUUGUUCGGCUGUUCGCGACCCCAGAAGAGGAUACCUCCGAAAGAGCCGAGGGCUUCGUGGACGUUCCGGCCUUGGAUCCGUGGACAUGUGCCGAUGAAGGAGAGUUAAUUUUUGACUGCCUUUGGUUCCCAAGUCUUGACUGGACGCAGCCACGGACAUAUUCCUACGCCGUCACCAGCCGAGACCACCCUAUUCACCUAUACAGCGGAAUCGAUUGCUCUUUGCUCGCUUCGUACUCCUGCUACAACCACCUGGACGAAGUGGCUCACGCUUAUUCUCUGCUUUUUCAUCGCACAAAGCCACGGCUUUUCGCGGGGGGAAUAAGUGGUGUGCGCAUUUUCGAUCUCGAGCGACCAGGGCGGCAGCUGCAUGACAUCCUGUUUGCGACAAGGCGAGCGAAGCAUGGCCAGAAGGGAAUCAUCUCCUGUAUGGAUUUCAAGGCAUCCGGACCAGGCGCAAACAAGCUCUUUGCCUGUGGUUCGUACAGCCAGUCUGUGUGCGUGUACACCGAAGACUGCGGCGGGCGAAGAGGCGCUCUCCCAUACACUGCACCUACUCACUGUCUCCUUGACACGGCGACCUCUUGGGGAGGUGUCACCCAGGUCAAAUUCGUGGGGGAAAACCUGCUUGUCAGUGGCCACCGCCAAGAUGGUGUGAUGCGCUGCUGGGAUCUCCGCAAACCGGACACGCCGCUAGCUCGACUGGGACGCGCCACGACACAGAGCAGCCAAAAAUUCGCGUUCGACUCGCGUCCUUUAACUGACGAAGAUGAAGGAGAAAUCACCGCUUUGGUCACGGGUGACGAGCUCGGUCAGAUUUCUUUUUUCAGUCUCUCAUCGUGGAAGUGCAUUUACGCGCAUGCCAACGCACACCACGGCGAUCACAUAAACCCCGCGGCAGUCGUCGCCGCAGCGUUCCACCCGAGACGUUCUCUUUUGCUCACGGCUGCUGGAAGCAGACGGUUCCACGACUUCGCUGCAUCGACCUGCAGCAGUCCCGCUGUAUCUCCAGACCCUUCAGAUGUCUCUGACAUUGAAGAAAAAUAUUUUCGUGGAGACCGAACAAACGCGGCGUGUUUGAGUGAUAUGCAGCAAAGCGACGGCAGGCACCAGCCGCUCAGGGAUCACAGUUCGUCGGAAGUGGAGCGUGAAAUCAACUCAAAGAAAAAGAGACGAACAGACUGCAUCGAAGAGGACAAACACGCAACGGAAUCAAUUGAAGAAGGAUGCUCCGCAAAGAUAUGGCAGUGGGGAUACUAGGACAGAAGUGGUUGGAGACGGGGGAAAUCCACCGUUUCUACCUGAAAGUCAUGUGAUGUGAUUCUUCGCUUCAUUGGUGGUACUUUUGAAGACUGUAUGGAGACUCUAGGUGCACCAUUCGUUUGCCUCCAAUGUUUUGUCAAGAGCUGUGCUACACUGUAACGCUGUACACGAACAACCGAGGAUGCCGC